AUGUUGUUUGCAUCUCUGUUAGGUCUCGCCGGCCUGGCGACGGCUUCUGCAAUAUCGACUCAGCCGGUAUAUUCUACGACAUCGGCAUUCAUUUCGGAAACAACUGUCACUUCGACUUCCGCCACGACUUCGUACAGUAAGGUUCCUCACAAGGAAGAUCAAGCUGUCUAUACUAACGGGCUUCCUAAUUCAGCGUCGACAACCGUAGUCACCGUGGCAACAGAUGGUAGUGGGGAGUUCACCGCGAUUGGGGCCGCCAUUUCCUAUGCCCAAAGUCAUGCAAUCCCUAGCGUCACUGUCCUCGCUGGAACGUACACUGAAGGUAUCACUAUCUCCGCGACGCCCACUGUGACUGUCGUUGGCCAAACUACGGCAAAAGAUGAUUACUUGCAAAAUCAGGUCGUCAUCACCAACUCGGGAACUGUUCUCACAGUUAACAAUAAUGCCCAAAAUGUCAACUUCCGAAAUGUUAAUUUUGUCAACACCGCGUCUGCCUUUGGUGCCAUGAUCUUGAAGGGAAACAAGUAUGCCUUCUACGAUUGUCAGAUGGUGUCCACUGGAACCCUUGGAAUCACGGCUAGCGUUGGUCUUGGUGUUAUUUCCAACUCAUACAUUGAAGCCCUAGACAAAGUCAUUUAUGGUGGAGCAAAUCUUUAUAUCUACGACACGGAAAUUGUCCCCGUCGACAGUUCCGCCAUUCUGGCUUACAUGAAAGGUACCAAGGACAGUUCGGCAAAGCUCUGGAACUCCACCGUGAUUUUCGACCGUGUCACUGUUACGCAAAAGCCGGGCGCAUCGAACAACUAUGUCUACCUUGGUGCUGCCAAUGGCCCGGGAAUGGUAGUUCUCUACCGCAACUCUGUUCUGGGGGGUUUAAUUGCUGCUUCCGGCGCUCACAACGAUGCCACGACUCUUGAUGGAUAUAACAACAUUGCGGAAUACGACAACACCGGUGCCGGGGCCUACACGAGCAACGCUGCUACUAGGGCUGGAUAUGUCUCCCUCCUAAGCGCCUCGGACUUAUUGCAAUAUAGCAUCAGUGCCAUUUUUGAGGCUGCUUAUCCAAGCUACGCCACAUCUGAUACACAAUGGAUCGAUAGCUCUGUCUUGGCUUCUAUCCAGGCAGGUGAUGUGAUCACAAGCUUGAGCUCUACUACUUCAACAAUCUCUGUCACUUCCGGCGCUUUAUCGGCAUCGGCUGUUUCUACAGGCCUUGCUUCGUCGGUGGUCACGAGCUCCUCCAUUACCUCCACAUCCACUGCUGUGACGUCCACUUUUGUAGUAAACCCAACCGCUGGACCGUACAAGAAAAUCACUGCCGCCAUCGCUGCUCUUCCCAAUGACGGAAAGGAAUACACAGUCUACGUGAUGAGUGGUACAUACAACGAGCAAAUCUCAAUCACUCGUACCGGAAAGACCAUUCUCCGCGGUGAGACCACAUACGACAAUGAUUACACCCAGAACACUGUCACCGUGGAAUAUUCGAAAGGCGUCUUGACUAGCGCAAAUGAAGACGAGACCACCCCGGUUGUCAAUGCCAAAAACAGCGACGGCAAGGGCCUGGCCAUUUACAACAUCAACUUCAAGAACACUUAUCCUAAGACCACAAAUACCGCCGCGCUUGCUGCUGACUUCUAUGGUAACGUGCAAGCAUUUGGAUGCUCCUUCAUUGGCUAUCAAGAUACACUUCUUGCCAACAAGGGUACUCAGGUCUUCUCGAACUGUUACGUCGAGGGCUCCAUCGAUUUCAUCUGGGGCUUUUCCACCGCGUAUUUUUACCAGUCUAUCGUUACCACAAACACACCGGGCGCUUGUGUUACGGCUAUGAGUCGAUCCUCGUCAACUGCAGCCGGUGGUUAUGUCUUCGACAACUGUCUUGUCACCUACACCUCGACCUAUGGGAGCACCUACCAAGACACUUACCUGGGCAGACCGUACUCGGAGUACAGCCGGGUUGUGUACAUGAACUCAUACCUGGACAAGCACAUCAAUCCCGCCGGUUGGAAUAUUUGGUCUACAAGCUCUCCUCAAACUGACUAUGUCACUUUCGGUGAAUUCAACAACACUGGGCCAGGUAGCUGGUCGAGUAGUCGCGCUUCCUUUGCGACCAACCUUACCGCUACUCAGGCUGAGGAUUACACCCUGUCCAACUUCAUUGGAAGCACUGCUUGGCUUGACAUGGAUGCUUACAAUUACGAGCCUUCCUAUUCUUUGACUGGUGGUGCCAGUGGCACGAGCUCCACUGGCACAUCGACUUCCACUGGCACAUCGACUUCCACUGGCACAUCGACCAUCGUUACGACAUCUACAGCCACUGCCACAUGGACUCAUCCAUCCAGUGGCACCGUUCCCCCGUCGGGUGCCGUUCUGGUCAGCGUGUCUGGAUCCGUCAACGGUUCCUACAGCAACCUCACCGAUGCCCUAGCCUCCCUCCCAGAUGACACUACCACUCAGGUGAUUUUUAUGUACGCUGGUACAUAUGAGGAGCAGGUUCCUUCGAUUAGUCGUAAUGGCCCAGUCAUGAUCAUUGGCUAUAUCAACGGAAAUCCUGGUCAGAGCUAUGCCGACAAUGAAGUGACAAUCACCUUCUCCCGUGGACUUUCUGUCUCUCCUUUGCCAACCGGUCAUUCGGAUGCUGAGACUGCCACCGUUUCCACAGCCUCGACCAAGAUUGCUUUCUACAACGUGAAUAUCAUCAACUCGGAUAAUCUUGAUGGCUCGGAAUCUUCUUACGUGACCCUGGCGGCAUCCAUAUAUGGAAAUCACGUUGCUUUCUAUGGCGUAUACUUUCAGGGCUGGCAAGACACCCUUUUGACUGGGAGCACAACGGGAUAUCAGUAUUACGAGUCAUCGUACAUCGAGGGUGCGAUUGACUUCAUCUGGGGUUACUCCAAAGCGUACUUCAAGGGUUGUACCAUCGGAGCAAAGAGAGCCAAGUCCGCCAUCACAGCUCAAAGCAGAGCUUCGUCCUCUGCGAUCGGAGGUUACAUCUUCGAUCAAACUCUGUUCACUGCAGCAACCGAUGCUACAAUUGAUCUUACUCAGACUGUGUACCUGGGCCGUCCUUAUUCCAAGUAUGCGUUGGUUGUCGUCAAGAAUUCCUAUAUCUCAGACGUCAUCAACCCUUCGGGUUGGAAGGUCUGGUCGACUACGGACCCUCGCACCGACUACAUUACUUUUGCUGAAUUCAACAACUCCGGUCCUGGAAAUUGGGAAAGUAAUGUCGCUGCACGUGAAGCCUUUGGAUAUGCCACGCUGCUCACGGAAGACACUUAUGCCUUGGAGACUGUCAUGGAUUCCACUGACUGGAUUGAUAUGACCUAUUGGGAGUCUAUAGACACACCUACCUCGGUAUCAGGGGCAUCCGUCACGUCUACACCCACAAGCACUGCUACGCCUUCGGCUACGGCUACUACAGUGUACGACGGAACCACCCCUCCUUCUGGAGCCUAUAUUGUCUCGAAGACCAGUCUCGGAACAAACACGACUGUUUUCGAUACCAUUCAGAGCGCUCUGGAUGCGCUCCCUACCUCGUCGAAGAUAACCCCUACCGUCUUUAUCUAUCCGGGAACAUAUGAGGAACAGCUUGUCCUUAACAAGUCUGGCACUGUCAUUCUGAUGGGUUACUCGGAGUCGACUUACGACUACUCCAACAACCAGGUCACUAUCCAGUAUAACCAUGGUAUUGAUACCCAAGCAGACGAAUCAAACUCUAACGGUGCCACUGUGUAUGCUACUGGCAACUACCUCCAGGCUUUCAACAUCAACUUUGUGAACAACAAUGGCACGGCAAAGGAUAUUGCUACUCUCGGGUUCGCUGUGAAGUCAAGCAAGUACGCCAGUCUCUAUGGCUGUCAAGUCAAGGGUAACCAAGACGCUCUACUCAUCAACGGUUAUCUCUGGAUGAGCAAUGGCUACGUAGAGGGUAACAUCGAUAUGAUUUGGGGUAGUGGCGCAGCCUACUUCCUGAACACGACAAUUUCUCCCAACGAGGAUGAUAUCAACCUCACGGCCGAUAAGCGCUCCAGCAGCACCGCUGCCGGGGGUUUCGUCUUCGACCAGUGCACUAUCACUCCAGCUACCGGCGCUGGAUCCCUUUCGAAGAUCUCCCUUGGCAGGCCUUGGAACUCAUAUGCGCGCGUUGCGUACAUCGAUUCUUAUCUUGACUCUUGUGUUGAGGCUACUGGAUGGGAGGAAUGGUCUUCCUCGAGCCCACAGACAUCUGGUGUUACUUUCGCCGAAUAUGGAAAUUAUGGUCCGGGAUCCAGCACCUCGGGACGCGCUUCGUUUGCCACGCAGCUGAAUAACACUGGCGCUGUUCAGUUUGAGCUGGACAAUUUCUUUGGAAGCACCAGCUGGAUUGUCUUUACCCAUAUAAAGGGCACUCCAUUUGUUGCAGGAACCAGCAACUCCACCACUACCUCGGUUGUUUCAACGCUUCUUUCCACUAGCACUGUGCCCACCAGUUCCUCGACAUCUUCUCUUGGGGCUGUGACGACCACAAUUGACAUAGUGGCUACCUCAACGGUGUCUUUGUACAGCACAAUCACACCAGUUGACCGUACUUCGACGGUGAAGUCCACCAUUACUGUGACCAUCUCCCCAGAUGUCGUGUCCAAGUUCACGACAGAAAAGACGACCAUCACCUCCACGCAAACUAUCAGCGAGCCGACCAUCACAUCGACCAAGACUUCAAUCUUAACCGUUGAUAUUGGCAGCACAGUUACUCCAGCUGUGAGGACGGAAACCUCCACCCUGAAGUCUACCGCUACCUCGACAGUUACGGUGACCGGCAAGGCAACGACAUCUACUACCAAGAGCACUAUUACCAGCACUUUGACCGUCACCGCUGCUGCGUCUAAAGUGACCAGCACCGAGAUGCAAACCACUACUAGCCUCAAGACGGUCAGUGCCAAGUCCAGCCUCACUACCCUGACUUUCACGGUGACAGUCGGAAAUGGAGGCACAACUACUAUUACAACCAAGGCCACAACCGAAGUGGUUACCUCCACAUCGACUAAAACGGCGACGAAGACGACUACCACGACCCUGAGCUGCGAGGCGGCGCAGGCAGUCCAGAAGAUGAGGAAGAAGCGUUAUAUCCUACCCCGCGGCGACGCAGCCACUGUCACGGCCUACACCACGGACAUCGAUUAUAUGACUAAGAUUGUGACGGUGACCCUGCCCAUAGCAACGGACAUCAUCGCCGAGAUCACGACCCAGACGGUCUCACUCAAGGCCUCGACCAUUACCGCCACGAUCACAUCCGUGGCCACCAAGCUGUCGACGACAACCAUCCCGGCAGUUACCUCCAUCGUCACAGUGGUGGACACGACAUCCAUUGGCAAAACGACGACUCUGAAGGCGUCCACAGUCACCGAAACUGUCACCUCUUUGGUAGCAAAGACCGCCACCAGCACACUUCCCGGUGAGACCGUCUCAACAGUCAGCCUGAAGAUGACGACGAUCAAGAGUACCCAGACAGUUCCCGCCUCGACCAUCACCACUUCCAAGACGACCACGGUGAAGAGUACGACUAACCUGCCAGCCGUGACCAGCACCAAGGUCAAGAUCACGACCGUGACGAAUCACCCUUCUGUGACUGUGACCGAGCGUGCCACGUCGACGUCAACCAAGGUGGAAAAGACGACUUCGACUACCACGGAGGUUGCGACUAAGACGGCAAAGUGCUCUUGA